AUGUCGUCUUCGCCUAAGAAGCUAAUGACGGGCACUUCUUCAUGGUCGCCUUUAGCUACUCCGGCAGCCCCCAGCUUGACGUCUGGAUCGCGAAGCUAUAAACUUCCUACACCUUUUGCACGUUCGUUGACGGAGGUGCCCAGCUAUGAACGAGUGAAAGCCGCUCAAGGCUCGGCAGAUGAGCAUAUAAAGAUCGUUGUGGUCGGAGACGGUGCUGUCGGCAAGACAUGUCUUUUGAUUUCGUAUACGCAAGGGAGGUUUCCGGAGGAAUACGUGCCAACGGUGUUCGAAAACUACGUAACAAAUAUCAAGGGCCCCAAAAACAAGAUAAUCGAACUGGCGCUGUGGGAUACUGCGGGCCAGGAGGAAUACAGUAGACUAAGACCUCUCUCCUAUACUGACGUCGAUAUCCUCAUGGUAUGCUAUUCAGUAGCUAGCAGGACGUCCCUGCACAACGUUGAGGAGCUGUGGAUACCAGAAGUGCGCCACUUCUGUCCGUCAACGCCCAUCAUGCUGGUGGGUACCAAGAGCGACCUUUACGCCUCAGACCAGCUCGAUAAGCUGGUUGAUCCUCGAGACGCCGAAUUGGUGGCCCAAAAAGUUGGGGCCCUAGGCCAUUUCCAGUCGUCUGCGAAGUUUCAUGACAAUAUUGAUGUGCUUUUCAAUUCUGCUAUGACAGCAGUGCUUACCGAAGCGACGCAAGAACGCAAGAGCUUUUCACCUUUUUCCAAGACCAAGAAAACGAAGGGUAAAAAUUUAGACAACAGACGGAAACAUAAUUGCCAGCUGCUGUAA